AUGAGUCCUACACUUAUUCCCUCCAUUUCUACGGAGAGCGAUGUCUAUUCCCAUCUCUCUGCGAAAGAGAGGCGAAAAUACCACAAAUUGUCCUCAUUGCUGUGUAUGUCGCUUAUUGUAAACAAGAUGAUUGGUACUGGAAUCUUCCUGACACCUUCAAUAAUAUUCCAAUAUUGCCAAGGCAGUGUUCCAAUUUACUUGACACUAUGGUUAGUAGGAGGAAUUAUCAUAAUGAGCGGGCUCUUGAUAUUCUUGGAAUUUUCAUUGAAUCUACCUUUCAAAAAUGGUGGUGAAAAAAACUACUUGUUGAGAUCAUUUCCAAACCCCAAUGGGUUAAUUGGUUGCAUAUAUUCAUUUCAAAUGGUGUUACUUGGAUUUAGCUCAGGUAACUCGUUCGCAUUUGGAAAAUAUAUUUUAUUCGCAUUUGGCUAUAACUCCAAGUCAGAUACUGAUUGGAAUGUUAAGAUAGUAGGUGUGUUGUGCAUACUGGCAUGUAUUUGGUUACAUAUCAAAUACCCGAAUCAGGGAACCCAAUUAUUCAACUUUUUGGGAGUUUUCAAGAUUUUGAUUUUGGUUUUGAUCAUAUUCAUCGGUGGUUUGGCAUUUGCUGGAGUGAUUGAUGUAGAAGAUGGUACACCAGUUGCCCCAACGCUAGUCGCUUCUGAAAUUCACCAGUCGCCAUAUUCAAUCUCAAUUGCUCUUCUUGAGAUCAUUUAUUCCUUUAAAGGAUGGGAAAACGCCAACUAUGUGCUACUGGAAGUUUCAGACCCAUAUAAGGUUCUUACAGUGGUUGCACCAUUGGCAGUUGUGGUCACCGUACUCCUAUACUUUUUCGUAAUUUUGUCUUACCUUAUUGUUAUUCCUAAGGAAGAGAUGAUGAAUAGUGGAGUGCUUGUUGCUGGGAUUUUCUUCACUAAGAUAUUCGGAGAAAACUGGGCUAGUAGAGUAUUACCCAUCUUAAUUGCCCUAUCGAAUCUUGGAAACGUGUUGGUCGUUUCAUUUGCACAUGGCCAUGUCAAUCAAGAAUUGGCUAAAAGCAACUAUUUACCAUUUUCAGAUUAUUUUACUAACUUAAAUCAUUCGUUGAUUUUGCACUGGUUCAUAACUGUGCUAGUACUUGUAGCACCGCCUUCAUCUGCAAUUUAUGAAUUUGUGGUAAACUUAUAUAUAUACCCGGGCACUUGGAUCAACAUCUUGUUGACGUUGGGAUUAAUUUAUUUAAAAUGCAAUUCAGAUAAAGAAAGAUGGGGUGUGGAUCAACAACAAAUUCAGAGCAAUUUACAAUAUCAGUCAAUAGAAGAUGAAGAAAAUAUAGAGGAGGAUGGCCCCUCCUCCUAUUAUCCAGACGAUGCUGAUACCUCGUUUACAGAUUUCGAUUCUUUACUAUCGCAACCACUAUCAAGUUCGAAAAGGCAAUUUUCCACCCCUGGUUUAUUCAUCGGGAUAUUUUUACUUGCAAACAUUUUCCUUGCAGUAUUACCCUUUAUUCCCCCACCAUCAGGUUCACUGGCUGCGAAGCUGCCUAUUCCUUAUUGGGUAUUCCCUACUGUUGGAACUGGAGUGUUGGUUGCAGGAGGGGUCUGGUUCUACGCUAGAGAUUGGUAUAAUUCAUUUGCAUAUAGAAAGUAUGGAACGGGAUCACCCGAGGUUAAAUAUGAAGAGCAUUUAUAG